UUCCGACAAAAGUCAUCAAAAGCAAACCUUAUUUAUCAGUUUCCGUUCAUGACUUCAUGGUUUUAUAUUUUUUUUUUACAUAUAGAUGUAGACGAGCGGUCUCAGUGUUGCGAAAAUGUCGAUUCAUACAGUUUCCUAUUUUGCAAUUUGUUUUCUUGUUUUUGUCAGUGGACAAUCUGUAAAUCAUUGUGCGUCUAGAGAAACCUGCGAGGAAUGUAUACAAGAAAUUGAUUGUUCUUGGUGUAUCCAACCGGAGUUUGAAUCGAAUGAUACAUCCCGUAGCCCCGUUAACUGUCAUAUGAGUAGCGACAGCUCGAAAUGGUGCAAGGAUAAAAACUCGCUGGUUUCUCCACAAAUGAAAUUCGAAGUAUUACAUGAUAAACAUUUCUCGAAUGAUGCAGAAAAUCCCACUCAAGUCAGACCUCAACGCGUCAAACUGUCACUAAGAAAGGGACAAAAAUAUAAUCUCAAGUUCAAAUUUAAAACCGCCGCAAACUAUCCUGUCGAUUUGUACUACAUUAUGGAUCUUUCUAAAUCUAUGGAAGCCUACAAGGAUAAAUUGGCCGCGCUGGGUAUACAAUUGGCUGAAACUAUGAGAAAUAUAACUACAAAUUUUAGAUUGGGGUUCGGCAGUUUUAUUGACAAAACAGACUUACCUUUUGUCAGUACUGUACCUUCCAAGUUAAAAGUACCUUGCGUAAAAGACAAUAAAGAGAACUGCGCCAGUCCUUACAGUUUCAAGAAUCACAUGAGCCUGACUAUUAAUUAUAAAGAGUUCGUGGAGGAGGUAAACUCCGCGAAAGUAUCAGGAAAUCUAGAUGUUCCAGAAGGUGGUCUGGAUGCAGUAAUGCAGGCUAUCGUUUGCAAAGAAAAAAUCGGUUGGCGAGACCAGGCAAGACAUUUAUUGGUAUUCUCCACAGAUGCAGAAUUUCACAUAGCAGGAGACGGCAAACUAGCGGGCGUAAUUGAACCAAAUCCUGCAACUUGUUACAAUAAUGACUCGGAAUAUUUGAUUUACGAUUAUCCUUCCGUCUCUCAAAUAAAUUAUGUAGCCAGAGAAAACAAUGUUAAUAUAAUUUUCGCAAUUGUGAAAAAAACCGGAUACGGAACAUCGGCUGCUUAUAAGUCUUUAUCGGAAAACAUAAAAAAUUCAAAUUUUGGAGAAUUGGACGAAAAAGGCGGUAACAACGUAAUCAGUUUGGUUGUAGAUAACUAUAAUAAAAUAGUUCAAUCCGUCAGAUUUACUCAUGACGCACCGGCCGAAGUAGACAUUAAAUUCUCCUCAAACUGCAAGAGUUCUAUUUCCGAUCGAUGCAGCAACGUCCACGUAGGAACAGUACUUGACUUCGAAGCUUCGAUUCAACUUCGAGAAUGUCCACAAGAUGGCAACAAAACCAGAUUGAUCUCAAUUCGACCGGAGGGUAUUAGCGAGAACCUUACGAUAGAGCUUGAACUCCAGUGCGACUGCCCUUGCUCUUCCAAGAGCGAUUCCACGUUCGUAUCGAAUGCUGCGCAAUGCAAUGGGGCAGGGGAUUUAAAGUGUGGUGUGUGCGAUUGCUCAGAAGGCAGGUUCGGUAGGAUGUGUCAAUGUGACAGCUCGCAAAGUUCUUCCGAGAACGUGACUAAUUGCAUAAUGGAGGACAGUACUGAUAUAUGCUCUGGUACUGGUACAUGCAAGUGUGGCAAGUGUGAAUGCAACACAAAUCCAAACAAUCCAAGUGAAAGGAUUAAUGGACAAUUUUGUGAAUGUGAUAAUUAUUCUUGCAAAAGGGAAAACGGACUACUGUGCUCAGGAAAAGGCAAUUGCAACUGCAAAAAAUGUGAAUGUCAAGCUGGAUUUAGUGGAGAUGCCUGCGAGUGCGAUGAGAAUCAAGCUAACUGCAUUGCCCCUGGAAGUGACCAAAUUUGUUCCAAUCAUGGAAAAUGCCAGUGUGGACAUUGUGAAUGUGAGAUUACAGACAAUAACAGAUAUUCCGGAAAAUAUUGUGGCGAUUGUACUUCCUGUCCAGCUCAGAGAUGCGAGGAGCUGCGUCACUGUGUCCAAUGUCAAGUGUACCAAAGUGGAAUUUACGAAAAAACUUGCAAACAAGAGUGUACGGCUUUCGAAACGAUAGUUUUACAUUCGUUGGAAAGCGACGAUAUAGACGAAAUUAAAAAAUGUCGAAUACCAGAUAACGACACUUGCAUUAUUAAUUUCGAGUACUAUUACGAAGGUGACGAUACAUUGAUUGUAAGGGCUUUGGACCGAAAAAUAUGCCCGGAACCUCCGAAUGUCCUAGCAUGGACUUUGGGAGUUAUAGCAACAAUCCUGAUAGCCGGACUGAUUCUAUUGUUAAUCUGGAAAGUUUUCACCACAAUUCACGAUCGAAAGGAAUACGCUAAAUUUGAAAAAGAAAGGCAGAAACAGAAAUGGGGCACAAACGACAACCCUUUGUAUAAAGGCGCUACAUCGACAUUUCCCAAUCCCGCUUAUCAACGGGCUAGCGUUAGAUUUUCGAUGAAUAGAGAAUGAAAAAAAUCGUAAAACAUAUUCGAAUAUUUUUCUCAUUUAAACAAACUAAAAAUCUUCGAUAAUUUUGAGUAUAUGAUUUUUAUAAUUUCAUGGCAAAAGCCACUUGUGUGUUCCCUCUUAAACAAUAAUAGACUGAAUAUCAAUUUUUAUUAUUACUGAAUCAUCUAGUUUUUUUAAAU